CCUCCCACCGCCUUUGUUCAGUUUCCCGGGCCAAGGUGUUACCUGGCCUCCAACCCCUUCCUGGGUUCUCAUGUUACACGCUCAGGUAUUCGCCUUCGGGCAGACUCCCAAACCCAUCCCCCAAUGCAGACUAUCCUAGCCACACUCCCCUGUCAGCAUUCACAGACCACAGUAAGAACAGGCCCAGUUCGUCACAGCAGGUUUUCCCAUCUUUUAAUCAUGCUUAUGGCUCUUCUCUGACCCCCUCCAAUUUAUCAACAUCCUCCUGGAACUGUGGGCCCCAGCCCUGGACCCAGGAUCCCAGCAGCAGUCACACCAGUGCCAGGUACAGAGGGAAAAUCACCUCCCUGCUCGUUCUCAAAAUCCCCCUGUUUAUGCAUCCCAGGAUCGCAUCAGCCUUUUUGGCCACAGCGUCACCCUGGGAGCUCAUGUUCAGCUGAUUUUCCACCACGACCCCCAACUCUUUUUCAGCGCCCCUGCUUCCCAGGAUAGAGCCCCCCUUCCUGUAAGAAUGGCCUGUGCUCUUUAUUCCUAGAUACAUACAUUUACAUGUAGCCACAUUAAAAUACAUGCUGUUUGCUUGCUCCCAGUUUACCCAGCGAUCCAGAUCGCUCUAUAUCGGUGACCUGUUCUCUUCAUUAUUUCCUACGCCCCCAAUUUUUGUGUCAUCUGCAAACUUUAUCAGUCAUGAUUAAGGCUACAAUUUUGUCGUGGAGGUCACAGAAGUCACAGAAUCCGGGCCUUCUAGAGACCUCCGUGACUUCAGCCCAUGGCUGCUGGGAGCUGCAGGUUCCCCCCGCUGCCCGAGCUCUGAGUUGCCAGGGGCGGCAGGGAUACCCCGCAGCUCCCGGCCGCCAUGGGCAGCAGGGGGACCCCGAGUUCUGAGAUGCCACGGGUGGUGGGGGUGUUGUCCCUCCUUUUUAUACUUUCAGUUCCCCUCUUGGAAAAACAUUUCAGCUGGGCUCCAGGAGAUGAAAACCGUAUGGGGAAGGAUGUUCCCUGCUGCUUUUUUCUCACUGGUUGGAGCUUCCUUUGUUUCCCUUCCUCCUUGAUGACUCUGUUUGCUACUUAAAUGCAAAGGGGGAGGGGGGGCUAGCUCAGUGGUUUGAGCAUUGGCCUGCUAAACCCAGAGUUCAAUCCUUGAGGGGGCCAUUUAGGGAUCUGGGGCAAAAAUCUGUCUGGGAAUUGGUCCUGCUUUGAGCAGGGGGUUGAAUUAAAUUACCUCCUGAGGUUCCUUCCAACCCUGAUAGUCUAUGAUUCUAGGAAAUGAAGCAGAGCACACAUUCCUUUGUUUGAGACAGACUUGUGUGCCAACCUCAGUUUGGAACAUGUGCUAAUAACACCACACAUAACACUUCACAUACAGUGUAGCCACACACAUUUUAUCAGGACGAUACUGCUCAGCAAAGUAUGAGUUUUCAAAUGAUCCCUCACAAGGCAUACUUGGUACAAAGAUUAUUGCGGUCGUGUGUAGGGUGUGAAUACAGGUGUGUCCUGUCCCACUCUCCUCUCGCGAAUGGUUCAUGGUGCUCAGUGUACCUGGGUGAGCGAGGGCAGACUGCAGCUUGGAGAACCACGUGGGAUUUCAGGGUGAGACAUUUCCAUUCUACAAGUCACCCAGGCAGCUUUACAGCAGCUGCCCUGGGUGCCAGAGGGCCGUGGCCUGGGCUUCUCCUGCCCAAGAGGCUAAACUCUACGGAAAGCCUGACAAGCCAUAGCAGUCAGUCCCUGCUCCCGUGGUCUUCCACUAGCCGCUGCUGCUUGCUCAGAUGGUGCAGGGGGGUGAGCAGGAUCUUCACUGCCGUGGUAGCAAGGCCUGGUUGCCAUCAGAAGGGAGUGGUGCUCCAGGCAGAGCUGUACCUACGGCCUGUCAAUUGCAGGGCCGAGCCAGGCCAGGCCAGGCCGGGCUGGGUGGGAUUCUGGCCGGGUUAGGUUAGUUCAUCAGGUCGGCGCGGUGUCCUCCCGGUGAGGAGUGUAGCUGUCAGUUACAGCCCAUGGGGGGCCUGGCCGGGUGAGAUCCUGGCCGGGUGAGGUUAGUUUAUCGGCUUGGCUUGGUGUGGCAUCCCCCCCGUGAGGCCGCAGUUCCUGACAGGGAGCUGGUUAAUGUCGGUGUCUGUGGGCAGGGACAGCUGCUUGGCCUGUUGGCAUUGGUACCUCGUAGCGUCGGGGUUGGCAGGGCUCCCAGGAGAGCAGGGAGGGCAGCAGCAUAUUUUCCAUUCUGCUCCUCGCUGCGGGAAUGAGUCUCCGGGGGAACGCCUUGCUUUGCUACAGAGGAGAUCCUGCUGUCCCGGCUGAACAGUCCUCAGCUCGUCUGCCUUCAUCACUGCUGACAGCACAACGGGGCGGGCCGGGUGGUGGUCUUAGGGGAACAGAAAGCCCUCCAGGGCUCGCGCUCUGCUCCCCUCAAUUGCCAGACACGGAGCGGCCCUGUCACCGCUCGCUAGCAGGGACGCUCGCUACGGGGCCUGGAGCCUGCCUGGGCACGAGCCGGGAGAGCUCCGACCCCACGGAGGCCUCUGGAGAGACCUGCGACAGUGCAGGAGAAGGCUGGGCCCUGCUCCCGGGAUGGGCACUGAGUGGCCGUCUCCUGUUGUUGUGGAGGGGAGAUGCAGUGCGAGCACAGGCCAUGCACCUCAGGCAGGAGAGCAGCGCGAAGUCCCCCCCCCCAGCCCCGGGCCUUUGGAAGUCAUUUCCGUGACCCCGCCCUGCUCAGAAAGCAGCGGGGACGGGGGGGCCUCAUGUACCCAGUGAUUCUAGCUGCACUGGUCCGUCGACCCUGGGAGUGGUGCCCAGAUGUCCCGAUUUUAUAGGGACAGUCCCGAUUUUUGGGUCUUUUUCUUCUAUAGGCUCCUAUUACCCCCCACCCCCGGCCUGAUUUUUCACAUUCGCUGUCUGGUCACCCUAUGCCCAGGCCCUGCCUGUGUGGCGCGUCCCAGCUGGGAAGAGUUUAAAUGCCAGCGCUCAGGUGGCUCCGGGAGGUCUCGUCACUGCCUGUGAAGUGCUGCUGGGCUGGGGACCAGCCUCCUCGGCCUUGCCAGCAUGGAGCUUGUUCUGAAACCGGCCCCCUGGCCUCGUGCUGGUGCACUCAGCUGGUGUCCGGGGAGGGGGGCCGUGAGUGCAGACUGGCCGCUGGCAAUACCAGGGCUGGCUGCUCUACGCUACUGCCCCCGAGGAGCUGCUGGUGCUAUCAGCUGUGCCCACCACCUCCAGGUUCCCACCGAAACUGCCCCGAGCAGCCUGAGGCUGCGCUUUGGGCCUUCCCGUGGGGUCCAGCUGCUCCGGGCGUCUCCCUGGGAGAAGAGUCCCACUGGCGGGUGGGGGAGAACUCAGAUAAUACAGCGAUGGGCACUAGAAAUCCUUCAGGAGAGCCGCUCGCCCCGCAGAGCGCAGGCCCCCCCUCAGCAGCUUGGCAGGAGCCCGCACGCCACGCAGGUGCAGCCCCCCCGCGCUGACAGGGAGGUGACCUGGCCCAGCGCAUGGAUGGAGAGGGGGCUCCGUGGGCCACGCGUUUGUGUUCGAGAUGGGGUGGCCCUGGGCUGCAUCGCAGAACUGAGAGGGUUUGUCUGGGCCUAUAGGCAGCACGGGAACCCCCUGCUUCAGACAGCUGCCGAUUCAGUCGUGGUUUAAGAUUCGCAGCGUAUCUGAGCUCGAACCCUUGGCCGCGUGAUGCCUGCACUGGCUGAGUGCCUGGCUGCUGCUCUCCACCCCUGAGGUGGCUGCAUUUCAAGGGGGCUGUUUGGAUGUUGCUUGUGGAGGCCUUUGGGAUCAGAGGCACCAGGGAGAAUCACAGAUCUUUCCUUUCAGCUCCUCCGCGGCCCUGGUCACUUCCUCUGCUCCACACGUUGGGCCAGCCAGCGCCUUCUCUCCACGGGCCGUGCUGCCCAAGGUCUUGUUCUGCAUGCACACAGCAAUUCCCGCUCCCCCGCUCUGUGUGCUGCCAAGAGAAGAGAGCAGGAGGUGUGAGACCCAGAAGCAGGAGCCGCAGCAUAUUUCACUGCGGAGGCUUCAGCUGGAUGUGGGAGGCUGCAGGUGACCCCGAGCUGCUCCUCCCUGAUUUCCCAGCGCUGAUCAGAACCAGUCCUCCAUCUUCCAGCUGGGCCUGUUCUCUGCACACCCCUCCCCCUCGGCUGCCUCCUCCCAGUCCUGCCUCGGCUGAAGUCCCGCAGGGACUGUGUCUGAGCAGUGGGCAUGCCUGGUCCUUCACACAGCGCAACGUCACAGCAGCAGCAGGCAGAGUGGGGAUGUGAUUGCGCAGACCCUCUGCAUUGCCAGGGAUGCAGCUGGAAAGAAAAUAGGAAUUGACCAGUCCCCGGGAGAGAGGCGAGCCCGGAGCCGGCUGGAGUCUGGCCCCUCGGCGCUGCCGGCUGCUCUUGGGGGCAGAGGGAUGAGACGGCGCCUUGGGAAGGUCUCUGGCUCCCCUCCUGAGAUGUGUUCUCCCAGCCCCGCCCGCAGCCCACCUCCCUUCCAUGGGUAGCGCCAGCCUGGCUGAGUUCCUGACGAGCACUCUCAAGAAUGGAUAGUCCACCCAAGCUGGCAGGAGAAACGCUGAUUGUCCAUCACAUUCCCCUGGUUCAUUGCCAGGUCCCCGACCGACAGUGCUGCAGUGGGGGCAAGAGGACCAAUCCGUUUUGCCAGCCAGACCUGGGCAUCGCGCGGACCGCCUCUCUGCCGGAGCGGGACCUCUCGCAGACGGACUCCCUGGUGUACAGCACCUUGCUGCAGGCCUCGGACGCGCCGCCAGAGGCUGCAGAGGACAAAGAGAGCAAAGCGCGAGACUCGGUCAUCCCCGGCGUCACGACACGGCACAAUCCCUUCCUCCUGGGCGACAGCGAGGGGCAUGGUCUCCUCAGCGACAACACGGGCCAGAAGUCCUUCCACCUGCACAGCUCCAUGGUGGCCGGCAAGCCGGCCUUCCAGCUGCACGAGCUGCCGCUGCCGCCCUUCCACCUCCACGACGCCGGCCACGUGGUGAAACCCUGGAGCAUGGCCAGCAGGUCCGGCGUGGUGGACGGGCAAGAGGACAAACUCACAAGCGCCGACGUCCAGAAGAGGAACGACGUUGACUGCUGCCCGCUGGCCUCGGAGUGCAUGGAGCUGGACGAGUGCAGCUGCCAGCACGGGAGCUUCUCCUUCGAGGGCGGCGACCAGGACUGGAACAAUAGCUCUGACGAGUCAGGGAGGAACCCGGGCGCCCUGCACAGCCGGACCUGCAGCUGUUCCAGCACGGAGCUCCCGCACUGCCGGUGCUACAGCACGUCAAGCCAGUCUGAGACCGGGGACCAGCAGAUGGGAUACAUCAGCGACUCUUCUUGCAACAGCUCGGACGGGGUCCUGGUGAACUUCAGUGCCCUCUACAACAAAAUGAACGGCCAUUCUCGCUCCAACUUGAACUCUGCCAACUUGUCCUGUGACUCUUCCUUCUGCAGCCACUCGGACACCGGGGCCUUUUACCUGGAUCUGCAUUCGUCACCCCUGGAAUCCAAGAUGUCUUGUGAAUCGCACAACCCGGAGAGCUCGGGGAAAGUGUGUGGGUGCCACCGCCCGUCUUCGCCCGUCUUAGAUGCCAACUGCAACUCCUACCACCUGCACUGCGAGCCGUGCACUUCGGAGAGCUCAGACCUCACCGCUUGCUUCCAGAGCCAAGCCCGGCUCGUGGUGGCCACCCAGAACUACUAUAAAUUAGUCACCUGUGACUUGUCUUCCCAGUCAUCGCCUAGCCCUGCGGGCUCUUCCAUAACCAGCUGCUCUGAAGACCACACCAAAGCGAGUCCUGUCCAGCCCUCGGAGUACUACUUGUUUCGAAGGCCCGAUGCCCAGCCGGAGGAGAGCGAUGGGGAAUGCUUCAUGGCGGAGACCAAGGGCGAAGCUGUGAAAAACAUGAUUGAGGGGCAAGUGUAUGUCAACAUAUCCCCGCCUAACCUGAACGCCGGCCGGCCUCGCUCCAGGAGCUACGAUCGGAACCUGGACCGGAGCCCCACGAGCCGGCUGGGCUCCCUGGAGCGCAUGAUGAGUUGUCCGGUCAAGCUGAGCGAGAGCCCAGCGCUGGCGAUUCAGAGCUCGCCCCCGAAGCGGGUGACUUCCUUUGCUGAGCUGGCGAAAGGCAGGAGAAAGAACGGCUCCUCCCCGCCGCUCAGAACCAGCGGUGACUCCUCCUUGGAGUUCUCGCCCAUCCCCGAGUUCCAGCGGGACUGCCCAGGGCUUCUUGAGGAUGGAGCGCGACGCUGCCAGAGUCUCCCGCCCAUGCCUUUUGGCCAUUGCCUGAACCGGAGCUGCGAGGGCUACCGUGUGGAGCACAGAUUCGGGGAUGGCCCGAGGGCGUGUCCCAGCAAAGACUCAGGUGCCAACGGCCAUGGGGCAGCCGAGCAGGCCUCUCUCUCUCUGCUGAUGGAGGCUGGUACCAGCUUCUCAGGCAGCCCUGCCAGUGGGCACGGACAACGAGAUGUUAGAGCCAGAGCGGAUGGUGGCGGCGCGGACAGCAAGGCCGUGGUGCGGUACAGCAAGGAGCAGCGCCCCACCACCCUGCCCAUCCAGCCCUUCGUCUUCCAGCACCACUUCAGCAAGCAGUCCAAGGCCCGGGCCCUGCACAGCCACUUCGCUGCCAGCCUCUCGCAGCUCUACGGCGCCUCCAGCAGCCGGCCCGCCAGCCAGCAGCCCUCCUCCAACUCCCAGUCCUCCACCUCCGCCACCUCGGCGGAGCAGCCCGGGGCCGCGGGAGGGCUGGCGCAUGGCGCGCUCCUGGCCCAGCGCUCGGUGGAUGGAGCCGCCUCCCUCGGCGCCGGCUACGCCAAGAAGCCUGCCCCGGAGAGCACCCGGCCGUCCCCCCUCGGGAGCUACUCCCCGGUGCGCAGCACUGCCCCUUUCUUCCAGAGCCUGGACUCGUCCUGCUCGCCCACCCCGGAGAGAGCCGGCGAGAGCCACCCUCCCCGCAGCAGGUCCUGCCCGCUCUCUGCCAACCUGCUCCCCACCAGGGCCUCCCCCUCUGCAGGCGCCGCGCUGCCCACCAAGGCUGAUGCCCUGCACCGCCAGGAGAGCCCUCGGCCGGUCCCCAGGAAGGAGGCGCCGUUGGAGCAGAGGGCGCAGAUCUCCGAGUACCGACUCCAUGACGGCUCCCUCCCGCCGCUGGCAUCCGAGGGGGCGAGUGCCAGCCGAGCCGGGGGCCCUGUGGAGCCCCAAUGGAGAGGCAGCAGUGAGGCCGGAAGUUCGGGGUCGCUGAGCAGUGUGGGCACACGGCCCCUCAAUGCAAACCACCUCUCCCCUCAAGCGCUGAAGUGGCGGGAGUACAGGCGGAGGAACCCGCUGGGCCUGGACCGCGGCUCGGGGCUGGCUGGGUUAGCAGGCAGCCUGGACAGGAGGCAGCAGGAGCCCCAACUCGCCCGGAGGAACCCCAUCUUUGAGUUCCCUGGUUCCCUCAACACCGGCCACGUUCACGGCAGGCUGAAUGGCCAGCCUGUGAAACAGCUCCAGCUGGGCUACGCCGACUUCUUCCCGGAGUACUUCUCGCUGGCGGAGAAGCCGCCGGCCGAGUUCUGCCUCUCCCCGGAUGGCAACACGGAGUCCAUCUCCAUCGACCUGCUGCAGAAGAAAGGGCUGGUGAAGGCCAUCAACACGGCCGUCGAUCUGAUCGUGGCUCACUUCGGAACGAGCCGGGAGCCGGGGGUGAAGGCCAAGCUCGGGAACAGCUCGGUGAGCCCCAACGUGGGGCACCUCAUCCUGAAAUACCUGUGCCCGGCCAUCCGAGACAUCCUGAGCGACGGGCUCAAGGCCUACGUCCUGGACGUGAUCAUCGGCCAGCGGAAGAACACGCCCUGGAGCGUGGUGGAGGCAUCCACCCAGCUAGGCCCCUCCACCAAGGCGCUGCACGGCCUUCACAGCAGGAUCAGCCAGUUCGCCGAGCUGACCAGCCACAGCAUGAGGUUCAACGCCUUCAUCUUCGGCCUUCUCAAUGUCCGGGCUCUGGAGUUCUGGUUCAAUCACCUCUAUAACCACGAAGACAUCGUCCUGGUGCACUACCAGCCGGUGGGCUUCCUGUGCCUGUCCCACGGCGUGUGCCAGCCCCUGUUCGAGGAGCUGCUGCUCCUGCUCCAGCCCCUGUCCCUGCUGCCCUUCAGCCUGGACCUGCUCUUCGAGCACCACCUGCUGCAGAUGGGCAAGGAGCAGCAGCAGCAGAAGCAGCUACUGCGGGUCAAGCAGGACCUGCUGCUCUCCGUUCACUCCACCCUGCAGCUGAUGCGCACCCGGGGCAGCCCCGAGGAGCCGGACGGCUGGAGCGCGGCCCCGGAGCGCGCCGGGGAAGAGGGGCUGUCUGCAGGCCGGGGCCAGGAGGGAGCGGCUUGGGAACAGGUCAAGGGGGUGGGCGCCAGGGAGGAGGAGCAGAGGAAGGCGAAGGACAGCGCCUGGGAGGGGAAGAAGGACAAGCAGGCCGGCUGGUGGUACCAGCUCAUGCAGAGCUCUCGGGUUUACAUCGAGGGCUCGGCCGAGGGCUCCAAGUUCAUCCGCCCCGAGAAGAAGAAGCCAAAGGCGCCAGGAGCUGCGCCCCGGCCGGCCGAGGGCGGGAAGGCCCCCCCUCCCCGCGAGGGCGUGGUGGAGGGGGCGGAGGCCUGCCCCGUCGCCGAGGAGAAGCCCAAAGCUGCGGCAGAGCCUGGGGAGAAGCCGGGCGAGGCCAACGAGCGGAGCUGGCCCUCCUGGAUGGGGAGCCCCCCGGACUCGGUGCUGACAGAGCUGAAGCGCAGCAAGGACAAGGAAAAUGGGGCUCCCCAGAGACAGGGGGUGGCCGCGCCCCCCGCGGAGGAGAGCAGCGCUGGGGCCCCCGACAGCAGCCAGCCCAUCAAGUGGGGACACCUGUUCGGGGCUAGGAAAGUGCAGAAGGAGGCCAGGCAGCCCAACAGGUUACCCUCCGGCUGGCUGACCCUGGACAGGUCCGUGUUCCAGCUCAUGGCCCAGACGGUGGGGGCAGGAAUGUGGAGAGAGGCGGCCCCAGAGCCCGAGCGGCCCAGUGAGCCCCCCGAACAGCAGCUGCCUGGGGGGCUGCCCCCCCAAAUACCCUGCGAGGUGAAAGCGCUUUGCCAUCACAUCGCCACCGAGGCGGGGCAGCUCAGCUUCCCCAAAGGGGCCGUCCUGCGCGUGCUGGCCAAGGUGGACGGCGACUGGCUGCGGUGCGGCCUGGGCUCGCAGAGCGGGCUGGUGCCCAUCAUGUACGUCACCCACCCGGCGGACGAGGACUAUUGACGUGGCCGGGAUGCCGCGGACAGGACCACAGGCUGCUCUGCGGGGCCGCCAGGCAGGGGGGACAGACGCAGCUUCUCGCUAGUCCGUACUGUGCUCGCCCUGCUCAACAGCCCGUAACCCUGGGGGCGCCUCGCCUGCCCCAUGCACCUGCCACGGCUGCCGCGCCCCGGGGGACCUCGUGCCAGGCGCCGCCGUGCAUGCAGCCUCCCGUCACCGCGCUCCAUCUCCAGCACCGGAUGCCAUGGCCUCGGACGUAGCAGGACUCCAGGCGGCGUCGCUCUGCAGUGGGGGCUGCCCAGCCAAGUACCCUGAUGGGCUGGGGGCUCCUGGACUGGGCAGGGGCUGGCCGCCGGAGACUACAGCCCCCAGCAUGCACUGCUCCGUCUCCGUCAGAGCCAGCUGGCCCACCGCAUGCUGACCCGGCCUCUGCUGCAGGCUGCCCCCUUGUGGCGUCAGGCUGCAUUGCCGUGCUCGGCCAGGGCUGCUUGUGGCCCAGUCAGCACACGGCUGCGGCCCAUGUGACAGACUCAGGGCCAUACAGGGGGGCUGUAUUGUGUGGCAGCGCCCACAGGACACACACGAGCUGCCCACCAUGGUCGCUCGGCUGCGAAUCCUGGCGUGCGUGCAGCCCCGGGCGCACGCUGUGUGAAUGCCGCAUGUAUUGUACCAAGCCCAGGAACCCGGCCAGCAGCCUGGCACGGCCACACCACGGGCCUCCUGCUGGCCGGGCACGGGAUGAGUGCGUCUAGGCCAACAGCCAUACAGUGUUAGAGGGGAUGAGCCCUGUGCAGACGCAGCGCUGUGGGGUGCAUGCGCCCCCCCCCCCCCGCCUCCCUCCAAAUCCGCUGCUCCAGCCAUGGAGGCACUGCCUGGGGAGGGGCACAAGGCCAUUCCCAGCAGGGAGGUGGGGGAGGGGGAAGUGCACCCAGCAGUGUGGGGAGGGGUGACAUUCCCAGCAGGGAGUAGGGGGGAGG